GCAAUAGAAACUCUGACAGGCGCGCUGUUUCAGCGACCACCCCUCAUUGCUGCUGUCAAACGACAACUGAGAGUCAGAACCAUCUAUGAGAGUAAGCUGGUGGAAUAUGAUCCUGAGAGGAGAUUAGGUAUCUUCUGGGUGAGCUGUGAAGCGGGCACGUACAUCCGAACACUCUGUGUCCACCUUGGUUUGCUGCUUGGCGUCGGGGGCCAGAUGCAGGAGCUCCGCAGGGUGCGCUCAGGCAUCCUGGGUGAGAAGGACAACAUGGUGACUAUGCACGAUGUUCUGGAUGCCCAGUGGCAGUACGACAAUAACAAGGAUGACAGCUACCUGCGGAGAGUUAUCCUGCCCUUGGAGAAGCUGCUGACUUCACACAAGCGGCUAGUCAUGAAAGACAGCGCGGUUAAUGCCAUUUGCUAUGGAGCCAAGAUCAUGCUGCCUGGUGUCCUGAGAUAUGAAGAUGGUAUUGAGCUUAAUCAGGAGAUAGUUGUCAUCACCACGAAAGGAGAAGCUAUCUGCCUAGGUAUGGAGCUCCUUGUUCUUCUUGUGCCCAGCUAA